AUGGUCUUCUAUCCGCCAUCUUGGGUACCGAAGCUGCCAGAGGUGCCAGAUACCGUCUCCAUCCCUGAUUUCCUCUUUGAUGAGCAUAAUGGCCGAAGGCCACUUAACCAGUCAUGGGAUCCAUUCACAUGCGGUCUGUCGGGUCGAACGCGAUCGGCACAAGACCAGAAGACACAAGUCGACCAUCUGGCAAGAGCGUUGAACAAAGAAUUUGGAUGGAAGGUCAAUGAGGGCACAGAAUAUGACAAAGUGAUCAGUGUGUUCGCAUUCAACACGAUCGAUAUCAUGACCCUUAACUGGGCAGUCCAUAGAAACAACGGCAUCUCAUCCCCAGUGAAUUCAGUGUAUAAUGCCGACGAACUCGCCUACCAGCUCACCAACUCAGGCUCAAAGUCGAUCUUUACCGUUCUUCCGCUUCUUCAAACCGCUCUGGCAGCCGCACGGAAAGUAGGCAUCCCAAAGGAGCGUAUCUACCUCUGCGAGAUGCCCGACAUCACCACCGUCGGCAUGAAGAUGCCUAGCGGGUUCAAGACACUGACCCAACUAAUCGAACAAGGUGCGUCCUUGCCACCGAUCGAGUCUCUUACAUGGACGGUAGGCCAGGGCGCCCGUCAAACAGCAUUCCUUUGUUACUCUUCCGGAACGUCCGGUCAGGCCAAAGGUGUGAUGAUCUCCCACCGCAAUGUCAUAGCCAAUAUCCUCCAAGUCAAGACGUACGACCAAAUUGAGCGAGACAAGAACGGACCGGACUACCUCGAAGUCGCGCUAGGCCUGCUUCCACAGUCUCACAUCUAUGGGCUCAUAGUCAUCUGCCAUGUCAGUGUGUACCGCGGCGACCAAGUGAUUGUGCUUCCGAAAUUUGAUAUCCAGCAAUACCUGAGGAGUAUCUCGAACUUCAAGAUCAACGUCCUAUACAUCGUCCCGCCGAUCAUCAUCUCCAUGGUCAAGAAUAAGCACCUCCUUACCAACUUCGACCUGAGCUCGGUGAAAUCCAUCUUCACCGCCGCGGCACCCCUGGGGAAGGAAAUCGCGCAAGAACUCACGGAUCAGUACCCAGGCUGGAAAGUUAGACAAGCGUAUGGUCUUACCGAGACGUGUACGGCCGUCACCUCUAGUAGUCCGCAUGAUAUCUGGUUCGGUAGCUCGGGUAGCUUGUUGCCCGGAUGCGAAGCAAAGCUCAUGACGGUCGAGGGGAAUGAGAUUACGGGAUAUGAUCAGCCCGGAGAAUUAUGGAUGAAAAGUCCAAGUGUGGUGUUGGGAUAUCUGAAGAACGCGGUGGCGACGAAGGAAACUUUCGUGGAGGAAACCGAGGGACGAUUUAUGCGUACGGGAGAUGAGGCGGUGUUCAGAAAGGCACCGAGUGGGAAUGAGCAUAUAUGGAUUGUCGAUAGGAUGAAAGAGUUGAUCAAGGUCAAGAAGGGUAUGCAGGUUGCACCCGCCGAACUCGAGGCCUGCCUUCUCGACCAUCCCGCCGUGGCUGACUGCGCUGUCAUCGCUGUGCCAGAUGACUGGGCUGGUGAGGUGCCAAAAGCGUACGUCGUGCGGUCGAACCAUGUCGGCCUGCUGGAGAGCGAGGCGAUGACCCGCCGCGAGAUCUGCAAGUACGUUGAGGGAAAAAAGAGCAAGCAUAAGUGGCUCGAAGGUGGUGUAGAGUUCAUUGAUAUCAUUCCCAAGAGUCCGAGUGGGAAGAUUUUGAGAAGACUAUUAAGGGAUAGGGAUAGAAUGGACAGGAGGAAGCAAAGAAGUAAAUUAUAA